CACAUACCCAAUCUGACUCAGGAAUUCUCACUGCUGAGCUUCUCUCCAUUGCAUGGGGAAAUAGCAUUCUUAGGAAUGAGGUGAGAUUGCUUUGAGAAAACAGAACAGCAGAUGCUGGAAAUCAGAGACAAAACCAGAAAUUGCUGGAGCAACUCAAUAAGUUACCAAUUGACCCAAAACAUUGACUCUGUUUCUCUCUCCACCCAUGCUGCCAGGCCUACCUAGUUUGUUCAGCAAUCUAUAUUUUUGUGUGAGAUUACAGAGCAAUGCAAAUAGACCUCUUGCUGCUCAUUUUUAACGCCUUGUUGUUAAAACUUUAGGUGGAAAAUGGCACUUUUCUUUUACUGAUGUUGAGAAUCUCAUUUUUCCAAUCUUGACGUAUUUUACCAACUGACCUGCCACCGCACACAACGUUCGGGGAUUGUGAAGGUCCUGUCUCAGGGGAACCGGGUGAGAGCAGUUCCCAAAUUCAGGAAAGUGGUAAGGCUUUGGUGGGGAAUGAUGCAGUUUCCACUGGGUUGUGAAGUCCAAGGAAUCUCUCUCUUUCUCUAAGGGCAUGUUAGAGAGGGGAUUGUAACUGUGGAUCAUUUCCCUUACACCACCCCCUCGCCUCAGAAUGACGUGUUGUUUAGAGGUGCAAGUGAAAGAGGCCAGAGCAAGAUUGGAGGUUUCAGAAAGUGAGCAUCCACUUCGAUCCGUGACUUGAGCCUCCUAGAAGCAAAACCGAUUCCACUCAUUGGCGGCCCCCGAAAGCGAGCACAAAUGGAUCAUCCAAUCUAUCACGGGAAAAUCAACCGAGAGGUCGGGGAGAGGUUGCUGUGCAGAAGUGGCAAGGACGGGAGUUACUUGAUCAGAGACAGCGAGUCUCUGCCAGGGGUUUACUGCCUGUGUGUCCUGUACUCUGGAUUAGUUUACACAUAUCGUGUUUUCAAGACUCCUACUGAUUCAUGGACUGUUGAGACUGCACCUGGAGUACAUAAGAGGUUGUUUCGUAAAGUGAAGAACUUAAUUGCUGCAUACCAGAAGGAAAACCAAGGCUUAGCAGUACCUUUACUGUAUCCUGUAUAUAAGCAGAAAGGCGUUGAAACAGAAGAAGAUUAUCUCAUGAUGCAACCAGCUGAAUGAUUUUAUGUUUUUCUUCUAAGUUCUGAAGUGAUGUUGGGAUUGAACUAAUUUUAAGUGCUUUCGAUUGAAAUGGGCUGCAGUAGUCAACCUGAAUAUGUCUUUUUUGAUCCUUUGAUGACCUUGAAACUCUCAAUAUUCUAAAUAUUGCAUUUUUUUUUCUAGAGUACCAGAUGCUAGCAAUUACUGUUCUUGAUGUGUGCUUGAAUCAAAAGUUCAGGCAUAUUUCAGUAGUCAAGUUCUCGAUGAAGCAGAAGGCUGUACAUAUUUCAUUUAUUUAUUUAUGGUUUUUUCCAAAUAUGUUAGAGAACGGAUCUCUGCAACGUUCACAUCUAUCUAAAAGUACUACUGACAUGCAACCAGAAAAAAACGAAAAAAGUUUGUGUCGUUACCACUUGAGUGAUUUACUUUAAAAAGACAUUUUGCUGAGGCUGCAUUACUGCUGCUUAUUAAUAAUAGCAUGUCAGUGAGACAAAAAAAUGAACAAAUUUCCAUUGUAAAUAUAGAGAGCCUGGUUUUUACAGGGGUUUCCCUGUUUUCUCAUAAGGCUAUGAGAAAUUGGUCCCUUGAGUUUUAAUACUCUCCUUCAGAUGUUAAAGCAGGAGAUUGCACAACUCCUGAAAAGCUCAGGGCUAAUGUUUUACCGGAAACUGAAACUGAUUUUGUUUCUCAAUAACAACUGUGUGUGCACAUGUAAUGUAUGCAAAAAUACAGAUAGCUGACAAGCCUUCCUCAACUCAACAACAAUAGCAUAACAGUAUGAUGUUCUGGCUCUUAAUCAGCAGUUCGAGGAUUAUUGUGUAGCCACAUAAUAUUUUGUACAUGAAUGCCACAUCAACCCUUAAUUAUAUACAGUAGUAAAAGACCAUUAUCAAUCUUGUUUCUUAAAAUGAAUCCCCCUAAAUUUGGUUAAGACCUGUCAGUUAGUUGAUAAAAUUAUUUCAUGCAUUUGAGCCAAUUUGGAAAGCUGUGUAUAAUAGUAAAAGAAAAAGAUAUGGCAAGUGGAUAGAAGUGAAAGGCAGACUUAGGAUACGAACUUAUGGUUAGGAAUCAAAAUGUUCUUGUUAUCUACUGAAAGGGACUGCUACUGAAUCUUUUCUAAAAUUGUUUCUGUGAAACAUGCGAUAUAUUACAUGUUUUUAUUAAAUGAUUGAGUCAAUGUCUUUCAAGCAAUAAUCAUGUUCCCUUCAUCCUUUCAUUUCUCAUUAGAAGUGUACUUGGUGUUGUAUCCAAGUUAUGAAGUAUGAUGCUAUAUAAUUCAAUGUAAUGAAUUAAUCAAACUAUUGAUUAGGUAUUUUGAGAUUUUCAACUUUAUUAGCUUUUAUAUUUUUCAUUUGGAACUGCUCAGUUUUUACUGAAAAAGUUUCUGAAAUACUAAUGUUUAAAAACAUGAAAAGUGAAAAAUUAAAAAACUGAAGUUGCAUUUUGAUUUCUACAUUGUUAUCAUUUUAUAGUUGUACCUCACAGUUUCCCUACUUAUCUCUUGAUGCAAUGAUAUUGUGUAUUGUACAUAUAGUACAGGUCGACAAUCCUUUAUCCGAAAUUCCAAAAUCUGAAAAGCUCAAAAAUCCAAAGUUUUCUCAUGAAGUUUUUUUUCUC